CUUGACGGUGAUUAGACUUAACCCCUUUUAAUAGUCAUUUUGUUUCUGGUAUUUCUACGUAUCAGAAAUAAAAACAUCUUUAUUCGCUUUAUGUGUUUGAAUGUUUUGUUUUUGAAGCGUUAAUUCCAGUAUUAUGCAGUGGAAACUGCAGGAAAAAGAAAAUAAUCGGAACAAUAUUAAACAUGUUGACAUUAUCACUGAAUCUUUAUAAUAACAAUUAUUAUUUUUAAAUAAUAUUAAUCUCUUUACAGUAUUAAUAUUGUACAAAAAUAAUGUUACUCUUUAUAAUAUAUUCAGUAUUAAAUACUUACAUCAUAAUUACAAUGGCACAAUCACCUGCAGAUAGUAAAGAUAAUAUAAAUGAAGAUUUGUCUACAUCUUGUAAUGAUUUCACAAGAGAUUUUUAUAAGGAAUUAUCUUUCACCAGUGUAGAAAAUAUGAUUAAUUCACCAUUAAGUAUACAUAUGAUAUUGUCUCAUCUUUCUCAUGGCGCAGAAUCUACAACCUUGAAUGAAUUGACUAAGAGUCUUUGUCACUAUAAUAAAGAUUUGAUACAAGAAGGGUAUAAAUCUUUAAUAAUCCAGUUAAAUGUAAGAUGAUCAUAAUUAUUUAAAAAAAAGUAAUUACAAAUACAAUUAAUGUCUUGUAUAUUUAUAAGGACUUGGGAAAUAUUAA